UCGGUGAAUAUAGCAAAGCUGUUCUAGAUCUCUUGGUCAGCACCAUGGGGCGGCUGGAUGGGAAGAUCAUCCUGUUGUCUGCAGCAGCACAGGGCAUUGGCCGAGCAGCUGCUAUUGCUUUUGCUAAAGAAGGAGCCAAAGUCAUUGCUACAGAUAUCAAUGAGUCUAAACUGCAAGAACUGGGGGAAUAUCCAGGCAUUCAGAUACGGGUUCUGGAUGUCACCAAAAAGGAGCAGAUAGAAAAUCUGGCCAAGGAGAUUGAAAAGAUUGAUGUCCUCUGUAACAUUGCAGGGUUUGUUCAUCAUGGAACCAUUCUGGAGUGUGAGGAACAAGACUGGGACUUCACGAUGAACCUCAAUGUUCGCAGCAUGUACCUGAUGAUCAAGACAUUCCUCCCCAAGAUGCUUAAACAGAAAUCUGGAAAUAUUAUAAAUAUGUCUUCUGUGGCAUCCAGCAUCAAAGGAGUUGUGAACAGGUGUGCCUACAGUACCUCAAAGGCAGCAGUUAUUGGGCUAACAAAGGCUGUGGCUGCUGAUUUCAUUGAACAAGGCAUCAGAUGCAACUGCGUAUGUCCUGGAACUGUUGACACACCAUCUUUACAGGAAAGAAUCCAAGCCCGGCCUAACCCAGAACAGGCACUGAAGGACUUUCUGGCUAGACAGAAGACUGGCAGGAUGGCUACUGCGGAAGAAGUGGCCCAUCUCUUUGUGUACCUGGCCUCUGAUGAAUCUGCCUAUGUGACUGGUAAUGAGCUAAUCAUCGAUGGAGGAUGGAGCUUGUGAUUGACUCUACCUGCAAAUGGAAAUUCAUGCUAUGAUGGGCAAAAAAUGAGGAUGGUGUUUCUUGCCACGAUUGAGAUCAUGCAUGUGAUGUCUUUCCAAACAAAUUUGCUAUUUCUAGAUUGAUCUUACUGAUUAACUUUUCCUUAAUAGAGAAAUAGUGGAGUAAAACAUACUUCAUGUGGCUUCAAAUUAUGGCAGCUCCAAAAACAUGAAAGAACAGCAGUUUAAUGUUUAAGAUUUCAGGAGGCCAAAAAUAUUAUUCAAGUUACAAAAUCUGAGUUGUGUUUUAAGCAAAAUCUGAGUGAAAGGAAUUAGCUAUUAUAUUUAGUCUCAUCUUACUAGGUAUUUGGAAAUUAAAUACAAUUAAAUACUUACAAGAACAACUAUGGAAGGGCAAUACUCUAGCAGGUAUGGAUGGGGGUAUAUGUGAGAGGAGUACUCUUAAAUAUAUGGGUGGAUUUUCAAGAAUAUGCUUGACUUGAAGCACAAAAGCAAAAGGAGUGGAUUUUACCACUCUAGAUAGAGCCAAUAUAUUUGUCUCCAAAAUGAUGAACUAAUAUUGGACAAAUUCUGUAAAAUCUGUUGCUAGGUGCUACACUGUGGUGCUCUAUGCCUUAUUCUCAAGUACCAAUACAGCUCACACUAAAGCACAAGGCAAAAUUUCUCUGCAAAGGACUGUUUCUACAAGAGUAUGUGCUGAUGUUUUUAUUGUGAUAGAACAUGGUAGCUUUGAUUAAUGAAAUAGAAACCUAUUAUUGUCAAGUUUCAUACUCUGGGAAAAAACAUAUGUCCUGUCCCAGAGA